AUGUCCGACCAAGAACAACCACCCACUCCCAAUCCCGACUCAACAACCACAACCCCCAACAAACCCAAACGUGCCCCUCCUAAGCUAGGCAAAAAGUCUCCCGCCAAACAAGAACAAACCCCUCCAUCAUCGGAACAAGACCAGGACCAGGACAAGCAACCUAAAGAAGACGAGUCCAAGCCCGAAGAACCCGCCAAACAACAAGAACCAGACUCAGAACCUGAGCCAGAGCCCGAACAACAAGAAGACGAACCCGAGCCAGAACCUGAAACAGAACCCCAACCCAAGCCCGAACGUCGUCGUCGCAGACCUCGUCCCCGUCCCCAAGAAUCAGAUACCGAAUCCAUCGCCCGCAGCGAAAUGGAGCCAGAGCCUAGACCCCAGCGUCGCGUCCGUCGCCAGCGCCAGCCACAACAGCAACAACAAAACGGCAGUCCGCUCGGCGGGCUUCCGGGCGUUGGUGGCGUAGACCAGGCCGGCCAGCUCGUGCAGAACACAGCCGGUAAUGCCCUGAACGGGGUGACUGGUAGUGCGGGCAAGGCUGUUGGCGGUAUUCUCGGUGGUGGCGAGGAUAAGAAGGAAGAUGAUGGUGGUCGUGAUGAGCAGCUUCGUUUGCGGUUGGACUUGAAUCUGGAUAUUGAGGUUCAGCUCAAGGCGAAGAUUCAUGGUGAUUUGACGAUUGGUUUGCUGUUAGUAUUCCCCUUUUUCUUAAUCCCAUUCUAA